AUGGUUGCGGGCGUACAGAGUGCGACAGAUACCGAGGCCGCAGUCUUUGGUACCACUCUACUGCUUCUAUGCGAGACCUUCUUCGAUAAGACCCGGCCUACCAACCAGGGAAUGGUGAAGCAAUGGCAGGCUGAAAGUGCCAUCGGUGAGAUGUCGAAAGGCUUCGUCUUGGUCCAUGAGACCCAGCAUAUGCUUAUUGCCACGGGAGCGGGAGAACGUGCGGAUGAUCUCAAGAACCCGUUCUUCGGAUUCCUUGAUGAUAGGUCUGAGGACUGCUACUCCGCCACAUGCUGCUCCCGCUUGUCAGCAGCAGAGAAGGUGAAGAAUGCGCAGAACUAUGCCAUCUUUGCACUCGAUUCGAUGGCAUUCCCCAACGCGGAGGAACAGCCCGCUUGCCCGGCAUCACCUGCAUCCUCGACUUUGCUGCGCCAGAAGCGCCAAGUACGGUUUGACAACUCGACCACUUCGUCGGCGCCGCCUUCUUUGUCUCGUACUCCCCUGCCACCCACUAUGAUCACUUCAACUAGCAAGCCUCCCUCAAGAGUUGCGACUCCGACACCCUCUCGUAGCGCAGAGCCCGAAGUCAUCACGGUAUCAGGCACUGUUGCAGUCGUCAUCCCUGCGGGAGCAGUCGCCUUCGGCGGACCUGGUGGUGGCCUUGCCUCGUUCGGAGGCGUCGUUAUCCCCGUUCCCGAAGGACAGACAGUCAGCGACCCCUCAAAGGAUCCCCAACAAUCAGGACCCGAUGAACCCACCAACACCCCCCGCCAAACCCAGUCCCCGACGACGAGCUCGAAACCUGUCAGCAGUUCUGCGCCCUGCAGUAAGCCUGCAGAGAAGACCUACAAGCCAGCCGUCGAGAACGUCUGCGAAGAUUGGUCUGGUAUGAACCAGACAGCCUUCAAGCCCCUCAUCGCAGGCAUUCCUCUCGUAGAUUGGGAGGGUGCUCCUGUUGUGUCGACUACGUCUGUCUUGGAGACUGUGGAGGUGACCACUAUGCUGGUGACAAGCACCGCCGCCCCGGCGCCAUCAGCUACGCCAUCAGCGGAGCCAAAGGUCGACCCUGUCGCUUGCUACAACUUUGACAUCAACGCGUACGGAUACUGCUGCCCUGGUGAGGGCAACCCUUGCCAGAAUGAUAUUGGAAAGUGUUACUUCAAUGGAGAGGGUGUUUCAGGCGGCGCGAGUGGUGUCGUGCCCGAUGGUGCGCGAUGCCCGCCUCCUCCGGGUGCCGAGUACUGCAGAGGUGCUUGCGAGGAGUAG